AUGAAGAGAUUCCCCGCACCGGCCGCCGGAGAUACUCACCAGCUGGACGACGUGGCCAGCUGCUUGAUUCUCCUCUCCAAGAUCGCAGCCGCCGACAACGACGCCGUCGUUUCCCGGUCCACAACGGCAGCGGGUGGCGGUCGUUUGUUCGAGUGCAGGACCUGCGGGAAGAAGUUCUCGUCGUUUCAGGCCCUGGGAGGCCACCGGGCCAGCCACAACAAGCCCACCAACAAGAUGGGCCCGCUCGUGUUGGCGGCGGAGAAGCCCAAUCCCAAGACCCACGAGUGCAGUAUCUGCGGAUUGGAAUUCGCCAUGGGCCAGGCCCUUGGAGGCCAUAUGAGGCGACACCGGGCCGCGAUGAGUUUGCUGCCUGCGGUGGCGACGAUGAAGAAAUCCUCCGCCGCCGCCGCCAAGAAUCGGGUCACGUGCUUGGAUUUGGACUUGAACUUGACGCCGCUGGAGAAUUACGACUUGAGGUUGCAGCAGUUAGGGGAUGCCCUCCAGAUUGUUUGA